GACCGAAUAAGGGUUUUCAUGCAAAACCUGGGUUUUCAAAGAUAUAUUCAACCAUUUCUCUUCAAAUACUUCACUUUAAUUAUAAUUUGAAUGAAGAAAAGAUAUCGAAGAAUUUUCGUCGUUUCUAUUUGAAAGAGUUAAGUUCCUUCAAGAGGAAGAAUUUGAAUAAUUUUAAUUAUUUGAAAUAAAUCGAUAUUUAAAUAUAAUUGAAAAUGUUCCUCAUAGCAGUUACAGGUGGGAUUGCUUGUGGCAAAACAACGGUGUGCGAAGUUUUCCAAAAAUAUGACAUCCCUGUGAUAAAUGCUGAUCUAAUAUCGAGGCAAAUUGUUGAACCGGGCAAACCAGUGUGGAAGAAAAUAAAGGAACAUUUUGGUGACGAAGUUUUUAAUGAAGAUAAAACAUUAAAUCGCGAUAUACUUGGACAGAUAAUCUUUGAUUCUGUUGAAAAGCGAAGGAUUCUUAAUCGUCUCACACAUCCCAUCAUACAUCGAACAAUCUAUAAGGAAAUUUUUAAAUACUUUUUCUUAGGAAAGAAUUUUGUGGUGCUAGAGUUGCCGCUUCUCUUCGAAGUCAACUCAAAUUUGAUUAAUUACAUUCACAAGAUAAUUUGUGUUGCAACUGAAGAAGAUAUUCAAAUUGCAAGACUGAUGGAUCGAAAUAAUAUGUCACUAUCAGAAGCUAAGAAGCGCAUACAAGCACAAAUGCCUUUAGAAGAAAAGUGUAAAAUGUCACACUUUGUAAUCGAAAAUAGUGGAAGUCAGAAAGACAUGGAGGAGCAGACAAUUAAGAUAAUUAACAUGCUUUUAGAUAGUAAUCACCAUUGGAAACUUCGCAGUAUUUUAAUGGCAUCUGCUUUCUCGAUACUUGCUGGUCUCGCGUGGCUUCUCAAUCGAAAAUAUAAAUUCAUUAGCAACUAAGAUUAACAUUCCCGAAUCAAAGAAAAAUUCCCAAAGGGAAACAAAUACAUUUUAUAAUGAAUUCUAGUUAAUUGGCAGGUUUGGAACUUUUCUAUAUUUUAUUUUAAUAAGUUAUCCUUUUAAAUACAAGAAUAAUCAAAUUAUCUAAAGUGUUCAAUAGAUUAGUGUUGUAAUUGUGAAUUGCUAAUGGUCAAAGAAUAAAAGGAGAAUAUGAAUUCCCAAAACAAAAACUA